AUGGAAAGUGUUAAAGCUGGAGCCUCAGAAGAACCAGAAAUGAACGCAGACAAUCCAGAAGACACAGAUGAAGGUGACAUUAAAGAAAGUCCAUUACAGAUUCUGUCAAGCAAUGUGGCUAUCCUGGUCCCAGAGGUCUUGGACACAGCCCAGAACAAGGAGAAGGAUUUUGUUCCCAUGGUCAGCAACAAGCUCCACAUGCCCACAGAGGAAUCUGAGGUCCCACAGCAGGGUGGUGACAUCUCCAAGUCGUCAGCAAACACCAUCCAGCCCAAGCAGGGUGACAGACCCAAGACCCCAGAAGAAACCAUUCAGCCUGAGGAAGACAACAUCCUGAGGCCUGAGGAAGAAACCAUCCAGCCCAAGCAGGGUGACAGACCCAAGACCCCAGAAGAAACCAUUCAGCCUGAGGAAGACAACAUCCUGAGGCCUGAGGAAGAAACCAUCCAGCCCAAGCAGGGUGACAGUCCCAAGUCCUCAGCAGAAACCAUCCAACCCAAGCAGAGUGACAUCUCCAAGUCCCUGGAAGAAUCCAUCCAGCCCAAGCAGGGUGACAUCCCCAAGUCCCCAGAAGAAACUGUCCAGCUCAAGGGAGGUGACAUCCCAAAAGCUGAAGAAGCAGCAGUGCAGUCCCUGGAGGUGGACAUGGUGAAAGUGAUCUUGAGAAAGGAGGACUUUGAGGCAGCACUUAAAGAGGCCGGGGAGAGGCUGGUGGCCGUGGACUUCAUGGCCACUUGGUGCGGGCCUUGCAGGACCAUCAGGCCACUCUUUCACUCCCUGUCUUUGAAGCACGAUGACGUGGUGUUCCUGGAAGUGGACGCUGAUGACUGUGAAGAGGUGGUGAGAGACUGUGAGGUCAUGUGCGUCCCAACCUUCCAGUUUUAUAAGAAAGAAAAAAAGGUGGGCGAGUUUUGUGGUGCCAUUAAGGAAAAACUUGAAGCAAUCAUUGCAGAAUUAAAGUAA